CCAGAAGCUGUUUUUGAGCAGAAGAAGAAGAAGCAGCUUCAACAACACACCGUGUCCGCCAUUUGCUCCUUCUGCUGCUCCGACUCGGUUUUCUUCCUGUUUCGUCUUUAAAUUUAAACUAAAACCCGGUUCACCUGAAGUCACCUGAGCGCGAGGCAGGUGCACGUCACAGCGGCGGUGAUGGCGGCCGACCGACGCGAAGACAAAGAUGGAGAACUGAACGUGUUGGAGGAUCUGUUGACUGAAGCUCCAGACCAGGACGACGAGCUGUACAACCCCGAGACCGAGAGAGAGCUGACCGACAAGAAGGGAACAAAGAGGAAGUGCGAGCGCUCUGACAGCCAUGAUCUGAAGAGGCUCCGCCCUUCAUCAGGCCACGCCCCCUCCAGGUCGUCCUCAGCCAAUAAGAGAGCCCAGGGCCCGCCUCUUUCCUCCUCCUCUAAGAGGACGGCGUCGAGCCCCCGCGGCCGACAUGCCGCCGGUGGGUACCGCCAUGAAUACUACGAGGAGCGAAAGGGGCGGCGAGGGGCCCGAGAGGCGACCAGGAGCCGUGGAGGAGAGGACACACGGCGGCGAGACUCCCAGAGAGUCCUGGACGGUCUGAGCCAGAAGCUGCGGCGUGAUGAACGGCGGGCAAGCCCCUCCCCCCACGAGGAGGACAACCAAUCAGAGGAAGAGGCGGCUGAGUACGGGUCGGAGCAGGGGUCGGGAAGCUCCUCCCCUGCUGCCUCCCAUGUAGAGGAGGAGGAAGAGGAGGAUCAGGAGGAGGACGAGGAGGACGAGGAGGAGGGCAUGGAGGAGGAGGACGAGGAGGAGGAGGAGGAGGAAGGAGAGAAGGACGAGGAGGAGGAGGAUGAGGAGGAUGAGGAGUAUGAGCGCCGCGGCGGUGGCGAAGGGAACGACUAUGACACUCGGAGCGAGGCCGGCGACUCGCGCUCUGCCUCCUCCGUCAGCUUCUCUGAUGACGGCGAGACGGCUCGCUCGGGCUCCGGCUCCGAGGCCUCCGGUUCAGAGAAGAAGCAGGAAAAGUUGUCGUCGUCGGUCCGAGCCGUUCGUAAAGGGAUGGAGAAUCCUACCAGUAAGCUGCGGUACAUCCUGCGAGACGCUCGCUUCUUCCUCAUCAAGAGCAACAACCAUGAGAAUGUUUCUCUGGCUAAAGCCAAGGGUGUGUGGUCGACGCUACCUGUCAAUGAGAAGAAGCUGAACGCAGCUUUCAGAUCGGCUCGGAGCGUCGUCCUCGUCUUCUCCGUCAGAGAGAGCGGCAAAUUCCAAGGUUUCGCUCGUCUGGCGUCAGAGUCUCAUCACGGAGGAUCUCCCAUCCACUGGGUUCUUCCUGCUGGCAUGAAUGCCAAGAUGCUGGGUGGAGUCUUUAAGAUCGACUGGCUCUGCAGGAGGGAGCUUCCCUUCACGAAGACGGCUCACCUGUCCAACCCCUGGAACGAACACAAGCCUGUGAAGAUCGGACGUGAUGGACAGGAAAUCCAGCCAGACGUUGGUGCUCAGCUUUGCACCCUGUUCCCCUUGGAUGAGAGCGUGGACGUCCACCAGGUGGCUCGCCGCGUUCGUCACAAGCGUCGGACGCCAUCGGAGCCGCGGCCCAGAGGCCGACCGCCGCAGCGUGAACCGGGAAGGCGUCGACCUGAAGAGUACGAUCUCCACGGCAGGAAGCGGCCGCGAGCCGACGGUCCACCUGACUUCAACCAGCGAGCAGGGUUUAUCCAGGACCUCCGCAACCAGCCAGUGGACAGACGUUUCUCCAGCGUCAGACGAGACGUGUUUCUCAACGGGUCCUAUAACGACUACAUGAGGGACUACCACCACAGCGUCGGUCCUCCUGCUCCCUGGCAGACUCUGGCGGCGUACCCCGGUGUGGAGCAGCCACCCCCCCAUCACCCCCCCUAUUACCACCACAGCCACCCCCCUCCACCCCCCCACCAGGCUUACCACCACCACCACCACCCGGCCCUUCCACCACAUGAGGCUCCGCCCCCUCGCUUCAGAGACAAGCAGAGAGCGCCGCAACACCGUGCCUUCACGUCCAGCCCGCACGACUACGACAUGCGUGUGGACGACUUCCUGCGGCGGACGCAGGCCGUGGUGAGCAGCCGCCGUGAGCGCGAGCGGCAGCGUGAGCGGGAACGAGGCGGACCCCGCCGCGAGAGAGAGAGAGAGCGAGCGAGGGACAGAGACAGAGAGAGAGAGAGGGACAAAGAGAGGGGGCGGUAUCGCAGGUGAUCUGAUGAUGUCACAGCCUGUCAGCCUGCGGGGCUUUUAUUUUGAUGGGUUCCUGUUUUUUCUUGAAAAUUAUGAAUACGAAAUGAGCUCCGUGAUGACAUCAUCAACUUUUAUGUGAAUAAAAUAAAAAACCAAACAUCUGGUGAUUUUUGGUCAAAACUCUUAUUUUGAUGAUCCUGUGACAUCAUUUCCUUCCAGGCACACGCCGGUCACAUGGCUCCGUUUGUUUCUGCUGCUCACAUUAAACAUGUGAUUUAAAUGAAACAUCUGUGUUCGAUGUUUUUCAGUGUUUUAGUGCGGAGGUUUCAACAUGAGGGUCGGGGCCCUCUGAGGAGUCGCCACAUAAAUCUACUUCCUGUUUGUUUUUCCUUCUCUCUGAUUGGUUGUUACUGUGAUGACCAAACCUCCCCUGAUCACAGACGUUGUUUAUUGAUCAGUGGCAGGUUGAACUGAUCUGUGUUCGGUCUAACAGAAAACUUUGUUUCCUGUUUGUGAACAGAGGAAACGGCACCUGUGCUCGUUUUUGUACAAAAGCCUGAAAUCGACUGUUUUUUCGGUUCAGAUUUUCAUCUGAUUUGUUGUUUUUUUUCUUUAAUGUUUGGAUUUAUGUACAAAUAAAGUUUCCAAGAAUAAAACAGCUGUGUAGAUUAGAGGUUUGUGUGCGGGGGGGACGACACUUCAAACAACAUUAAUAAAGAGUCUAAAAACAUCA